AUGCCCGCCCCCGAGAUACCAAACCUUUUAAAUUCUCUCCGCAGCGCUCGAGGAGGCCGUGGCCGUGGCCGUAGUAGAGGACGAGGAGGUCACGCCUCAUCAGCUGUUACUCACGAUGCUACCAUCCAAGGCACUGAUACUGAUGCUUCAGUGUCGAGGCUGAGCGCUGUUGAUUUGGGGUAUCUUUAUGAUCCGUAUGCCCAGUACUUUGUGCAGAGUGGCGAUGGGCCUGUGGCAAGACGACUUCCUAUAAUCAAUCGAGGUGUGCUAGGCUACAUCGUCAUGGCCCCCAAUGUAUGUAUACUCACACCUUUUAUAGGAACAUAUACCCGCACUAUUUCUCUGGACACUCUCAUCGAGUCGUUUCUGGACGGCGAUAAAGACAGUGAACAAGGCGCAGGGCUGAAACAGAUUGUAUCCUUGGGGGCUGGUACUGAUACAAGGCCUUUUCGACUGUUCUUUUUAGAGUCACGCGCUGGGCUGGUCUAUCAUGAGCUUGACUUUGAAGUUGUCACCUCAAAGAAAUUGCGGACUGUACAAGCUACCCCCAAGUUGAGAAACAUAUUGAAAGAUGCUACUCAGAUAACCGAACAUUCGUGGUCAGCUAAACCCACUGGAUGCGAAUAUUACUGCCAUGGUCAAGACCUGAGAGGUUUCUCUCAAUCAAAAACACCAAAAGAGGAAGAUGAGACAGAAACAACGACGAACGAAGUAUCUAUCCCCGGUCUGCUGACCGAUAUCCCUACGCUACUACUCUCAGAGUGCUGUCUCUGCUAUCUCACCACCACCGAAGCCUCAGAUGUACUCAACUUCUUCAGCUCACGGAUACCCAACCUCGGCACAAUCAUCUACGAACCAGUCCGCCCAGACGACGCCUUUGGAAAGAUGAUGGUGUCAAACCUGGCAGCGCGUCGCAUCCAAAUGCCCACUCUUCAGAUGUACCAGACACCGCAAGACCAACGGGCGAGAAUGAGCAAAGCUGGGUUUGAAAAGGUGUAUCAUAUGACGAUUGAGGAUAUCUGGCAGAAUUGGGUGUCGGCGGAUGAAAAGCGGCGUGUGGAUUCGCUGGAGGGGCUGGAUGAGGUUGAGGAGUGGAAGUUGUUGGCGGCGCAUUACAUCGUUGUCUGGGCUUCGAAGGGAGAGGGGUUUGAAAGUUGGGACAGUGUAUGA